AUGGCGGACAAGUUAGACCGUAGUCUCGACGAGAUCCUCGCCGGCGAAAAGAAGAGCGGCGGCCCUCGCAACCACAACAACAACAACAACCGCCGGGGUGGCCCUCCUCGAAGGCGCGAACGUGAACGCCAGGAAUACCCUCGUGAUGGCGUUAGAAAGUCGUUCCGUGAUGAACCCAGAAACCUCGACAGUGAAUGGGUCCACGAUCGUUUCGAGGAACACGAUUCCCGCCGCGGCCCAAACAACCGAAGAAGACGUGACUCGCCGGAACAAAGAGACUCCAGCAGUGCGAAGCUGCGCGUCGAUAACGUACACUAUGAGCUGACUGCCGAGGACCUCGAGGAACUUUUUAACAGAAUUGGCCCCGUUGUGAAGCUGGAUCUCAAGUAUGACCGCGCUGGACGGUCUGAAGGUAUUGCCUUCGUCACAAUGUCAACUCGCGAGGACGCUCAAGAGGCGAUCAAGGAGUUUGACGGUGCCAAUGCCAAUGGCCAACCUAUCAAGUUGUCGUUCAUGUCUGGUGGGCACGGCGGUCGUUCUUCUCGCAAUCCCUUCGACUCUGCAGUCAUGCCGGGCCGCCCUCUUUCCGAGCGCAUCUCCGCACCCGGAGGCCGAUCAAGAUCGAUGUCGCCCGGUCGGAAAUACGACAUGGACGAUGCUGCCAGCAAGGGCAUCGACAGAUACAUUCCCGGAACCCGCUCGCGCAGCCCCAUGCCGCGUCGACGUGGCGGAGGUGGCGGAGGUGGCGGACGCAGGCCGGGUGCCCGCAGAGAGGGCCAGCGAGACCAGGAGGGCGGUCGUGGUGGAGGAGGAGGCGGUGCUGGAGGUGGCAGAAGCAACGGGCGGACUCGGAAGACACAGGAAGAGUUGGACGCCGAGAUGGCGGACUACUUUGGCGGAGGAAACUCCGGCGAGACUGCGCCUGAGGCAAACGGUGGCGCAAAUGCUGCCGGUGCUGCUGCUGCGGCUGUCCCCACGGACGAUAUCGACAUGAUUGAGUAA